AUGAUAUGGGUGAAGUCGACGACAAAUCAACCUUGUACUCGCUCCCGGUCCCCCAACCUCCCAGCAAAGUUCCUCAACAUCGCGCGAGGCCUGCUCCUGCUGGACAACCCUAAGAUCCUUCAAGAAACUUCCUGGCCUCCAGCAGGAGGGCGAGGCGCUGGGCAAAGCCGACGCGGGUCGAUAGCCACAGUUGGCAGCACCGCGAAGGGAUCGGAGCAGAAUAUCGGCGAAGGGGUCCCGGCGGAGGCGAACCCGGCGGAGGCAGGAAACGAAGGGAGGAAGAACGCCGUCGCGCCCAAACAGGGUGUCGAUCCUGACAACCGGAACAGCGGCAGGUUCAAGGAUCAAGAUGAAGAAGAAAUGAAGCACGAGGCUGCCCGUACUCUUGAGCUCGAGAGGGGAGUACUUCGUGACUGGGCCACAAAGCGACGCCGUAGCGGUGCGAUGAAGAUUGCUGAGGUUGGAUUAAAGGCUCUGAGGUUCAAGUGCCUGAAGACGACUGUACAGUUUAGGGAUCAUGUCCUGACUCACCUUCGGAGCGUGAAGGACCCCUCCAAGGUGUGUAGGAACCUCGGGGUGGUGGCCAGCGCUCUUAUCGGCGAGCUCGAACUUAUGGGGGAACGUUCUGCAGAAACUGAGAGCGAAACCAACACCGGAGAUUACAACAACGACAGCAGCAGUGUCACGACCAUGAGGUCUGCUUUCGGCCGCGACGACGGGAGGGCCGACGGUGAUGGCACGAUGGUACAAGGGGACUCAAACGUUUCUGGCAGCACCUUCGGCACCCACGGCGUUGGCGGAAGGCAAGGGAGGAAUGUCAAAACCCACCGGCAGCGGCAGAAGGGGGCAGUGGGAGUCGGAGCUAAUUCAAAGGCACCCGGCAUCGGGGAGCGAUGCGAUGGAGUGCGACACGAGCUGGAAGGUCUCGACGACAUUCUAGAUGACAUGGAUGGUGGCAACUCACCGACCGCGGCGCGAGGCCUGGACAUCGUGACUGAAACCAAAAGGACGGCCAUGGAAGAAGUGCAGGGCGCUACGAUAAAAAGCAGAACGGCUUCGUUCGGUACGAAAUAUCACACAAAGCAGGACAUUCUGAACGAGAUGAACCGCACGCCCGGCUACCGUGAUCUAGUCCUUGAGGAAGAUGUCUUCGCCGCAAUCAAGCAGCUGCUAUCUUGGACUCCCCCGCCCAAGUGGGAACGCAGCCGUGACAGGCACAAAGCCCAGCUCAUCGCCGCCGCUGGUGUGAUCCUCAAGAAAGCGCUCAUCCUCGAUGGUCCCCCCGGAUUCUGGCCUCUUCCUCUUGAGGGUCCAUCCAGAGAUAGGGUGCAACGCUGGAAGAUGAGCGAGGCCGUAGUCCCGGUCUUAAUCUUCCGGCGCAAGAAAAGCCACCGAAAGGCGGCGGGGGGCGGUGCGCGCUCGGGAGGGAUGACCAGGCACGGCGUGUGGUCUUUUGGGGCCAGUGGGUUCAGGUACGCUUCAAAGCCUCCCGUUCUGCCGGCUGCUCGCAUCCCCUAA